AUGCGUCUCGCCAGCUUAAUAGCCACGGCGGCCGCCUUCGCGCUGUCCACAGCCGCCCUCCCAUCCAGCCCUCUCCUCCCCAGAGCCGAUGGAUACUGCAACACGUCCAAGAACGUCCAGGGCCGCGGCAACGGCCUCGUCGCCAAAUAUCCCGCCAUCAGCGGCGGCGGCAGCUGCAUCCUCAAGGACUCGGCCACAGGCAACGGCGUCUCUACGCUUCAGACGGCGCUGAAUCAAUGCUACUCGGCCGGGCUGGACGUCGACGGCGAUUUUGGCCCGAAGACGACUGCUGCGGUGAAGAAAGCGCAGCGGGCGGAGGGGGGUUUGAAUGUUGAUGGGAUUUGGGGGCCUAAAACUGGUGCUAAAAUGGACUGGUGGGGAUCGAGGAAGGCGGCAAGGGGGACAGAGAUAAUCUGGAGUUGCACAAAGGUCAACUUCUUCUGUCCAGAACACGUGAUGGCGGCUGCAGAUCCCAGCCCAAGUUGCGCCCCGCACGUCUCACUCAAGGUCAAUGACCUCUUCUCGGUCGAGGGAAAAGUCGUCGUCGUCACCGGUGGAGGAACAGGCCUCGGGCGUUCGAUCGCCGAGGGUUUUGCCGUCAACGGCGCCCGAGUAUACAUUGUCGGCAGACGGCUCGAGGUCUUGGAGGCAGCGGCGAGCGAAAUCCGGGGUCAUGUUCGCGUCAUUCAGGGCGAUGUGGGGACCAAGGCUAGCUGUCAAAAGAUUGCCGAUGCGCUCGCGGGGACCGUGGACCAUAUUGACACCGUCGUCAAUUGUGCAGGGAUUAUGAGGCCUUGGAAAACGCCGCCCAAGGACCACAACAAUCCUGACGAUGUUGAGAAUCUUCUCCUCAAUGGUGUCGACGAUGAGGACUUCAACCAAUGUCAAGCCAUCAAUGUCAACGGCGUCUACUUCAUGACUGCUGUCUGCGUCCCGCUUCUCCGGAAAGCGGCUGACCCCAAUGUUGUCAUCAUCUCGUCCAUCUCAGGCCUGUCAAUUCAAAGGGUGCUCGGCCUUCCGACUUAUAGCAUUUCCAAAGCAGCGGCGGUACAAACUGGAAAACUUCUCGCCGGCCGUCUUCACCCAAUGAAAAUCCGCGUCAAUACCAUCUGCCCGGGCGUCUUCCCAUCGGAAAUGACGGGCCAAGCCUCCAGCGAAGACAAGUACGGAUGGGGUGUGGGUGAGGUGGCUGCCAAGGCAUCGAUGCGUUCCACUGCCGGACGACCGGGGAGGCCCGAGGAGAUUGUAGGUCCGGUGCUCAUGUUGUCAAGCGCGGCGGGAGGUUUCACCAACUGCGCGCUGCUGACUGUCGACGGCGGACGCAUGAUGAGCGCCUCGAUCCACGAUGGGUUGAGAUUGCCCGAUGAGACGUAUGCCUGAAAUUUUGUGCCCUUGAGUGAAAAAGGGGGGGAUUUUUGGGAAGGCAUAAAAUGGACCGGACUGUCUGGGGGUCUUUUGCGGUUGAACUCGCGGCGAUACCAAAAUUCAUGCAAAUCAGCAGGCUGGCCCAAUGCGCAGCGAACAAUCCUUGGAACAAACCUCCUGAAGUGCUAAAACUCCCCGAGGAACCAUGUCCGAUUGUUUGCUCCCAAAAGCUGGAGUAGGGUGGUUUCUUUCAACCAAGUCCUUGUCCGCCCCUGGAUCUCGGUUGAACCAAAUUUCAUGCGUCAACAUGUCAGCGUCUGUCAUAAGAGUCUUUUUGGUCUUGAAAAAUGGAAGCGUAAAACCCCUGGGUGUGGAGCCGGAGCGAUAAAUUUACACUUUCGUCUGCAUCUGGGCCCAGUGUUUACCGGCUAUCGCUGCACCUCAGCAAGGCCUUUAGAGACAAGAGAGUCAUUGGUGUGCUGUGCAUCUCACUAGGGACCGCUGGCAACGUGUGGCCCGAUCG